ACAUUACAUUACGUCCAAUUAGAUGUUUGGUUUUAGGUUUGAUGGUCACAUUUAUAUUAAAAUAGAUAAUAUUUUUACUGUAAAACAGCAAAUUUAAUUCAGUAAGAUCAAAAUGGUUGCACGCAUAGCAGGUGUAUUUGAUGAAAAGUUAACUGAAGCAAUAGCAAAUUCUAAGAUAUUAGUUGUAGGCGCCGGUGGUAUAGGUUGUGAAAUUUUAAAGAAUCUCGUUUUGACCGGCUUUCCACAGAUUGAGAUUAUCGACCUUGACACCAUCGACGUAAGCAACCUAAACCGUCAAUUUUUAUUCCAUAAAGAGCAUGUCGGGAAGUCGAAGGCGCAAGUUGCUAAAGAUAGCGCUUUAAGUUUUAACCCAAAUGUGAAUAUUGUUGCUCAUCAUGACAGCGUUAUUAGUAAUGACUAUGGUGUGAGUUACUUCAAACAAUUUAACAUUGUAAUGAAUGCUCUCGACAAUCGGGUGGCUCGUAAUCAUGUGAACAGAAUGUGCCUCGCUGCUAAUGUGCCACUCAUUGAAACGGGAACAGCUGGCUAUGCGGGACAGGUGGAGCUGAUUAAAAAAGGUCUAACACAGUGCUAUGAAUGCCAACCUAAGGCACCCCAGAAAACCUUCCCAGGUUGCACAAUCCGUAACACUCCAUCAGAACCGAUACAUUGCAUAGUAUGGGCUAAGCAUCUAUUCAAUCAGUUGUUCGGUGAAGAAGACCCUGAUCAAGAUGUCAGUCCGGAUACAGAGGACCCGGAAGCGGCUGGAACAGCUGGCAAGUCAGCAUUAUCAUCACAGCAAACUGAAUCCGGUAAUGUUGAAAGGAAAAGUACACGAACAUGGGCAGCGGAAACUAAUUACAACCCAGAAAAACUAUUUACUAAGUUGUUUGGUGAUGAUAUCAAGUAUUUGCUAUCGAUGGAGAACCUGUGGAAGAAACGUAGGCCACCUACUCCACUGUCAUGGGACAAUUUGCCCGGAAAAGGUGAUGCACCAAAACAACAUUCUGGAUUACCUGAUCAGAGAGUGUGGUCUGUACAUGAAUGUGCCGAGGUGUUUGCUGCUAGUUGUCAAGCUUUGCAAGCGGAAUUAAAGGGACGUCCGGAAGGCGAUCAUCUCGUGUGGGACAAAGAUGACAAAAGUGCUAUGGACUUUGUGACCGCAUGCGCUAACAUACGCGCAUAUAUAUUUAGUAUACCUCUAAAGUCCCGGUUUGAAGUUAAAUCAAUGGCGGGUAACAUUAUCCCUGCUAUAGCGACUGCCAAUGCCAUUGUCGCAGGACUUGCAGUAUUACGUGCACAAGCAAUACUCAAAGGCGAGAUCGAAUCUUGCACUAGCGUUUAUUUAAGACCAAAAGUUAACCACCGAGGUCAACUAUUUGUACCAGAAAGGACUUUAACAGCACCGAAUCCGAAAUGUUACGUUUGCGCGCCUAAACCGGAGGUCGCUCUCGUUUGCAACUUGAAACAGUUAACACUUAAAGAUCUGACAGCGGCAUUCAAAGAGGGUUUGAACAUGCAGGCGCCCGAUGCGACAGUCGAGGGCAAAGGCCUAGUGGUCCUGUCAUCGGAACCCGGAGAGACUGAUCAUAACAAUCAAAAGACUCUGGAAGAAAUUGGUCUGAAUGAUGGUUGCGCUUUACUUGUUGAUGACUUCCUCCAGAAUUACGAAGUGAGAGUUAGACUUCAGCAAGAGGAUGAGGAGAAUUCGUGGCGUUUGGUGACGGAUACGGAUGCUCCAAUGCCAGGACCCAAGGAAGAGGAACCGGCUAAUGGUUCCAAUGGGGCUGAGGAACCGAAACCAGGUCCGUCUCGUACCAAUCAUGACAGUGAUAGUGACAUGGAAAUAAUUGAUGAAGAUGAUAACGGUGAACCGGUGGAAAAACCACCGAAGCGUCGACGCAAAGAGAUGUCCGAUGAAAUUGUUGAAAUAUGUUAGUGAUUAAUGCACAUUUUUGUAGAUGAUUGAACAUGAACGAUUUAUUAUUACAAUGUUUAAAAAAAAAUACUUUUAUAUUCAAGUGAAAUCUCCAAUAGGAACUCUGGAGAUUAAAUUCUCUUUGUGUUUUUGAGAACUUUUCAUGGUGUUAAUAAA